AUGCAGGUUGGGAGACGGCUGGAGAAAGAAGGGAGUGGAGAUCCCUCGUCAAUCGGGACUCCAUCGCAGCUGUUGCGAUCCUCUCCAAGCUCUCUCCUUUUCGUUUGCCGACCUUCUACCAACUCACCUUCACCGCUUAUCUCUCCGCUCGCUCCCUACAGCCACAUAUCUCUCGGCCUCGUGUCCCUCACUCUCGUCGACCUCGAAAUCCUCCAGCGUAGCGGUAUCUCCGCCGAGAAGAAACAAGCAGGUUGCUCGACCUUCUCCCUCAUCUCGCCGUGCUUUUGA